AUGAUCUCCUCGGUUAAUUUUUCAUUUCUCAUAGUGUUUUCCUUCUUAUGUACCGUUUCUUCUGCCAAAGAAAACACAAGUCCCUUUAAAAUCAUCUACCAGUUUGGUGAUUCAUUAGCAGAUACAGGCAACCGCAUUCGCCAGAGUGGUGUAACUUCAGUUUUCAACGUUUCCAGCUUGCCUUAUGGUAUGACAUACUUCCACAAGCCCACAGGAAGAUUUUCUAACGGCCUUCUUGUGAUUGAUUAUUUUGCCAAAGCGCUUCAUCUCCCACUGCUUCAUCCUUACCUGGAAACGAAUGCUUCAUUUAUUAGUGGAGUCAACUUUGCCGUAGGUGGAAGUACAGCACUAGAUAAUAGUUUUUUCUACGAAAGAAACAUUUCUGUGCCAUCCACAAACGUCCCUCUUAGCCAACAGCUGAAAUGGUUCAAGAAACAUCUCAAGUUAGUGUCAGACAACCGAUCACAAUGCGAAGAAAGGCUAAAAAGAGCUCUUUUCAUGAUGGGGGAAAUAGGUGGGAAUGAUUUCAGUACAGCUUUCUCCCAAGGCAAGUCCAUAAAGGAGAGCAGGACUUAUGUGCCAUAUGUAGUUGACGCCAUAUAUAUUGCCAUAAGAGAAGUAAUUCAAUUUGGGGCCAGGAUUAUAAUAGUUCCAGGAAUCAUUCCCAUGGGAUGUUUGCCUAGUUUUCUGACAUCAUUUCCAAGUGCUGAUCCUAAAGCUUAUGAUGAUAAGGGCUGUUUAAAGAAACUCAACAAGUUUGUUUUGUUCUACAACAACUAUCUUCAAAAAAAUCUAGCAGCCCUGAGACUAGAAUUUCCAGGAGUUGUCAUUCGUUAUUACGACUACUAUAAUGCCUUCCAGUAUAUCCUCCAUAAUGCUGGUUCUCUUGGUUUUGAUCAAAGAUCAUUGCUGAAAGCAUGUUGUGGAAAAGGAGGCAAGUACAACUACAGCAACGACAUGAUUUGUGCAUCAAAUGGCGUAAAAGCUUGCCUUCAGCCGGAAAGAUUUGUUCAUUGGGAUGGAGUGCAUCUAACACAAGAGGCGUACCGAUAUAUUUCGGACCAUCUGAUCAGAGAUAUUUUGUCUAAUAUGUAAAGUUGAAUGUGUGUUAACAAAAUUUUCAUGCUGAUUGAUGAUGAUUUAAACC